AUACGUCAUGACGCCAGACGCAUGUUUGGAAAAGAAGCGCGAGAGAAAGAAAUGUCCGCCCCGGGUUUGUUUACAAAACUUUAUCAAGUUUAGCGAGGAUGUCGUUGUUGAAGCCUUUUAGUAAACUCCCUGGUCUGAACACAGCGAACAUCUUGCUGGUGGAGAGUGAGGAGCAAUUUCAGCAGAGUUUAGCAGAUGCUCUGGUGGAGGAGACCAGUGUCACUGUGAACGUGAGACUAGCUAAGAGCCUUCCUUUGCCCAUGGAGAAUGAUGAGAGCCGUCCCAGAAUAGACUUGGUUGUGUUCAUCAUCAACCUAACCUCAGAGCUCAGUUUCCAGUCAGCAGAAGCGUCCCUGAAAUAUUUGGACCCGGGAUAUUUCCUUGGAAAAGUUUGCUUCAUGGUUACUAAUGCUCGUAACGCUUCCUCCCCCGCUGAGCGCCUGGAUGCUGUCAGGAAGCUGGCUUCGUCGCUCCACUGUCCCCUGUUGUUUGCAGAGGAUCAGACUCCAGAUGGAGUGGCCAGUGCUACAGAGAGGCUGCUGACUAUCCUCAAGGUGGCCGCCGGCCUCGUUCCCAUUGCCACUGCUCUCUACGUGUCUAACCUGACUCGGUGCACGCUUCCCCUGGACAUCGAUCAGCCGAGCUUUGAUUGAGCUCUGACUGAUUCCUUUAAAGUGAUAACCUCCUCUACUUUAUCAUGUUUAUAUUUAUUUGCAGAGGUUUUUAAUGUCGACAGUUACACGUCUUCUUUUUCUAAUAAAUGUUGCCAGGUGUAUAUAAUUAUGAUCCAUUACAGUAUGUUUUACAUGAACAGUCCUGUGAAAAACACCCCACGUUCACCCUACAAUUCAAUAUCGUAGAACCACCUUUGGCAGCAGGAACUAAUUGCUUUUGAUAUGACUUUAUCAACCUGUCACAUCGUUGUGGAGGACUUUCAGCCCACUCGUCUUUACAACGUUGUGACAGUUCAUUGACGUUUGCGGCAUUUGUUUACAGCAGCUCUCUUAAAGUCCCACCACAGCAUGUCAUUUCGGGUUGAGAUCUGGACUUUGACUGGGCCAUUGCAACAGCUUGAUUCUUUUCCAGACAUUCUGUUGUAAAUUUGCUACUGUCCACGACCCACUUCCAGCCAAGCUUUAGUUGUCAAACAGAGGGCGUCACAUUUGACUCGACUUGAUGUUCAAGGAAGUUCAUGGUCAACUCAAUGACUGCAAGAUUCCAGGGUCCAAAUCAUCACCCCUCCACCACUGUGCUGAUUUGCUGCGUUUGGUUUUCUCCAACCACGGUGCUGUGCAUUAUUGCCAAACAUCUCUACUUUGGUGCCAUCUGUCCAAAGAACGUUGCUUGUGGUUUGUUCAGAUGGAACUUUGCAAACCUAAACUGUGCAGCAAACUAUGCUUGUUCACUGUUUUUCAAAUUGUUCCUUAACAUUUAACAGGCUAACUGGGGUCUCUAGAGUCUGAGAUGUAGAAGGGUGUUUAUUUGUUUGGUUUUUUUCCUGACCUUGUGUUGAAUUUGCUGGGUUGUCCACUCCUGGGAAGAUUGUUGCAUUGUGUUAACAAACAGCUGAAUACUCCAAACGAACAAAGUGCCAGAGCUUCUGUUUUUAUAAUGGUGGUCACACUUGCUUAUGGUCUAUUAAUCAAGUGCACCCGUUUGGCUGCAAAUUCCCCCUGAUUCCAUUGGAAGCAGCACAGUCCUAUUUAGUUUUUCACAGAGUACAAGAACUUUUUCUGGUUCAUGACCGUAUAUGAAGCAGUAAGCAUUAAAGGGUUGAACAUA